CACUAGGAGGAACUCGGGGACAUUAAGGCAGAAGGGCCCUAAAACACUGGUAGGACAGAAGAACGGGGCCCCGCAGCUGGAGGAAGAGUAAAUGGCAGCUGUGGUCCCUAUCCAGGCGGCACUCUACACCAUCAUGGUGAUCUUCGGCAUUCUGGGAAACGGCCUGGUGAUCGGGGUGGUUGGGGAGAGCGUGCUGCGGGACAGCAGGCGGGGAGCCGGCGCCGAUAUCAUCUUGGUCAACAUGGCGCUGUCCAACCUGCUGGUGUCCUUGGUGAGGAACAUACCGCUGAUGCUGGCCGACAUGGGACUCCAGCUCUAUUUAUCCAUGGAGUGGUGUCGUCUCUUCAUGUGCGUGUGGGUUUGGCUUCGUGCCGCCAAUGUGUGGUCGACGUUUUUCCUGAGCGCGUUCCACCACCACACGCUUCACCGCCUGGGGCCCCGUCAGAGCGGCUCCCACGGGCCCCGUGGGCACCCGGGACCUCUGCUGCUGGGCAUAGGCCUUAUUUGGGCCCUAAACCUGCUCUACUCCAUUCCUGCAUACAUCUACUCCAAGAGGGGAGACAAGAACAGCACUGAGACGUUGAUGCUGAUCAGCACCACCACACGCCCCCUACUGGGCUGCAUGUGGAACUUCCCGGAUCCAUACAGGGGUCUGAUUUACUCUACCGCCUCUCUGCUGAUCCAUGAAUUACUUCCUAUCAUUCUGAUGUCCGUCACAAACGUGAGCUCUCUCUACAAGCUGUAUGGGCAUGGACGCAGGCGUUUCGGAGGGAAUGCCGUGGAGGACGCCCUGGAGGUGCGCAGGAUCCCUGCCGAGAGGAGGGCAGCCAAGGUCAUCAUGGCCCUGAUCAUUCUCUUCACCUUGUCCUGGGGCACCAGCAUCAUCUCAAACAACAGCAUCAACUUCAACGGCAGCCAGUCGGGGGGCGCCCUCCUGGUGGUGGCACGCUUCGCUAACUCGACUUUCAUCGCCCUCUCGCCGGUGGUGUUGACCUUUGGCCAUCGCCGUAUGCGGGCUGUGGUGAAGGCCAUGUUGUCCCCGUGAACUUCCCAGGGCCUCGCAGGACCUCCCUCAGGGAUACACACGUCCUGCUGCUCCUGACAUCAGAUCAUUUGAUGCUUCCGUGUUAUAAGCAACCAACACAUCUGCCCUGUGAUGGACAGGAAUCCCAUCCGAAAGGUCCCCCGCCAUCUGCCCUGUGAUGGACAGAAAUCCCAUCCGAAAGGUCCCCCUCCAUCUGCCCUGCGCUCCUUGGGACCAGCUGCUGGAUAGGUGGAUGGAUAAUCUAAUGCCAAAGCUGUUUUUAAAGAUUUUCUAAGCUGUGAUGCAUUACCAUCCAUUAUUUUGUAAUAUUGAAAUAUAUUUCUUUUUCAUUAUCUGGCAAGAUUGCAGUCCAGCAGUUGCAUUAUUUAAAAAUCAGCAGAGAUUUUAUAUUUGGUCAGCUUGAGUUUCGUAAUUGUAGUACUGAGUUUCAACUAGUUCUAGUGAAACACUUUCUACUGAAAACUACUUCAAUAUUUCCCUGUUUCUUCUAUACUGCUUAGAAAUUUCACAAUAUA